AUGGUCUCUAAUGCGAGAGCGGCUUUGUCAUUGACAAGUAAUCAAUUGUUUUUAGGUUCUUCUAUGAGAGUGUGUAGUGGAUUUCGGAGCUCAGGGGCAUGCAAUUUGUUGUGUCGUCGUUUGAAAGGUGAUGCAGUGUCUUUUGGUUGUCGGUUUAGAAAUUUCGCGCUGGUGAGAGAUAAAGGACAGAAAAUUGAAGAUCAUCCUCUUCUUGAUGGUUCAACGGAUAAUACCGAUGAUGAGCAGGUUGAAGAUGUGCGACCGAAGGUGCCAGAGCGUGAUUUUACUGGCACUGCUUAUGUUCCUGUUUAUGUGAUGCUACCGCUAGGUGCCAUCGACAUGAAUUGUGAGUUGGUUGAUCCUGAUAGUCUACUAAACCAGCUCAGGACCUUGAAAUCAGCAAAUGUUGACGGUGUUAUGAUUGAUUGUUGGUGGGGGAUAGUUGAAGCUCAUGCUCCGCAGGUGUAUAACUGGAAUGGUUACAGGAGGCUCUUUCAGAUAGUGCGUGAUCUUAAGCUUAAGUUGCAGGCUGUUAUGUCAUUUCAUGAAUGUGGAGGCAAUGUUGGUGAUAGUGUACAUAUUCCGCUUCCUCAUUGGGUGACAGAAAUUGGUGAAACCAAUCCUGACAUAUAUUUCACAGACAGAGAAGGAAGGCACAAUACUGAAUGCCUCACAUGGGGAAUUGAUAAGGAGCGAGUCUUAAAAGGUCGGACUGCUGUUGAGGUUUACUUUGACUACAUGAGGAGCUUUAGGGUAGAGUUUGAUGAGUUCUUUCAGGAUGGAAUCAUCUCUGAGAUUGAAAUUGGACUAGGCCCAUGUGGGGAGCUACGGUAUCCAUCAUAUCCUGCAAAGCAUGGUUGGAAAUAUCCUGGCAUUGGUGAAUUCCAGUGCUAUGAUAAGUACCUGAUGAAGAGUCUGACCAAAGCAGCAGCAGUGAGGGGGCACUUGUUUUGGGGCAGAGGUCCAGAGAAUGCAGGUUCUUACAAUUCUGCACCACAUGAGACUGGGUUUUUCCGUGAUGGAGGAGACUAUGAUAGUUACUAUGGAAGAUUCUUCCUCAAUUGGUAUUCUCAGGUUUUAAUUGAUCAUGGAGAUCGUGUUCUUGCUCUGGCUAAUUUAGCUUUUGAAGGUACUGGCAUUUCUGCAAAGCUAUCAGGAAUUCAUUGGUGGUACAAAACAGCUAGUCAUGCUGCUGAAUUGACUGCUGGAUUCUACAACCCUUCAAAUCGUGAUGGCUAUGCUCCAAUUGCAGAAAUGUUGAGGAAACAUGGGGUUGCUCUCAAUUUCACAUGUUUUGAAAUGCGCACAUUGGACCAGCACGAGGGCUUUCCAGAGGCACUUGCAGAUCCUGAGGGAUUAGUUUGGCAGACCAUAUUAUCCUGUCAUAUUUUAGUUUGCUAUCAUCUUUUCAAUUUCCAGGUGCUGAAUGCUGCAUGGGAUGCUUGCAUCCCACUUGCCAGUGAGAAUGCUCUUCCUUGCUAUGACAGAGAAGGUUAUAACAAGAUAUUAGAGAACGCCAAGCCUCUGAAUAAUCCGGAUGGGAGGCAUUUAUCUGUUUUUACAUAUCUCAGGCUUAGCCCUGCACUCAUGGAGAGACACAACUUUGAAGAGUUUGAACAAUUUGUCAAGAGAAUGCAUGGUAUGGUAGUGCUUCACUUUUCUCCUGCUGGUUCCACUACAGUUUCUUUUGGUUCAAAUUCCUUUCAGCUGCCCGGGAUUUCUAGCAUAGUGAUGAUAAGAACAAUUUGUCAGCAUGCAUGA